AACUGAUAUAACAAACUAAAAGAAGAUUUCUAAUUUCAUCUGAACCUCAGAGUCUCCACCCUCACAAACCCUCUUUGCUGCCAUCGCCGUCGCCCUUGCUGCAAUCGCCUCCCCCCUUCCUGCCUCUUCUGAAUCCAGGUUGUAAAAUGUCAAAUGCGGAUAAUACUAUUGAAUGUGUAGAUAGUUGUACUCAUUUUCAAGGGAUGGGUAUGUACUAGAGUGCGUCUUAAAUGUUCACUGCAAAUAGGUAACAGUCCAUGCAAAUAGGUAUCUACUGGAGUGCGCCUUGGAAUGUCCACUGCUGCAUUUUAUGGGUUACAAAAUCUACUGGCUGAGAAAUGGGGCGAUCAUGAUGUUUUAAAUGUUGUAGGAGCUGGUUGGUUACACAUCUUGCAGCAGAUUACUAAACUUUUCAUCAAAGUGCCUUAGUCGUCUUUUCCUUAGUUAGAAUCUAAGUGGCAUUUGAAAAGCAUGAUCAAUGAAUCAUUCCCCCUAUUCUUUUGUAUGAAAUUGGACGCAAGUAGGAUUUUGCGUACAUGUCUGAGAACCAAGAAUUUUGGAUGAAAAGGUUCAGGUUGAUUAGGCCUUGAGGGCUCAUGGUCUUUUUGGAUCCUGAUAUUCAUAAUGAUUUUCUUAACAUUAUUUCAACUUAUCUUUUUCUUUGAAAUGACAUGACCUGUGGUGCAACAAUUUGCCUUUUGUCCUUAGGAUGAUGGCAAAUUGAAAUGAGAAUGAGAAGUUAAUAAAGAUACUUGCAGCUACAUAAGAAAUAUCGUAGGCAGCAUGCAGAUGGUACUCCUAUGGAGGAUUACGUAUGUCACUUUAAAGCAAGGAUUAGGUCCUAAUUGUUAGCGAUAUCAUUAACCUGAGUACAUUGAGAUGCGAGAAUGUUUUGAAUGAGCAAGCCAUGGAAGAGCACUAUUCUGUUAAUAGUCCUAGAAGAGUUCUCAGUUUUUCAAAGAGGAAGAGGGCAACUGUAUCCUUUCUAGACCCUGAUGACAGGGCUUCUGGCUUCGGAGUCUCUGGAGAGCAUGGACCAAAGACUUCAGAAGUUUAUGGUUUUGUAGGGUCAAUUACAACUAUUGUCGCUACAGUUAUUUUCUUGGUAUGGGCUUAUCUUCCUGAAGCUUGGCUACAUUCAAUCGGCAUCUUUUACUAUCCUGACAGGUACUGGGCAUUGGCCAUCCCAAUUUAUGCAAUGGUUACUGUAGUACUAGCACUUCUAUUUUACGUUGGUCUCAACUUCUUGUCGACUCCUCCUGCAAUUUCCUUGAGUACAGUUUAUGAUGAGUUCAGUAGGGAUCCUGCAAAUCCUGUUGCUCUGACUGAGGGAGAACAUGAGCAAGCCAUUGAGCCCAUAUCUGAUAUUGGUAUUAGUAAAAUGAAUGAACUCAUGUUUACUGAUGUAAGAUGACAGAUGGACUUUGGGAUUCUGUCUCCUGUGUAUUCGGGUUUCUUUUGGUAAAUGUUGCACCAAAAGAAAAAGAAAGUAAAAGAACAUCUGCCUCUUAAGAUCCGAGUUUUGCUGGAUUACAAUUUCUUUUCUACUUAUUAAUCUAACUCAAAACAGAGUGGGGUUCUUAAGCCUGAGACUUUUAGGCUAA